AUGGACACGUCGUCAACCCUCGCGACGAGCGCCACCCCGACAAUUCCCGCCGAACAGCUUGCCGCACUUACAUCGCUGCUGUCGGGACUCACCGCUGCCGCUUCCGGCACUACCGCACCCGCCACGACAUCCGGCUCCAAUCGCAAUGCCUUCCCGAAGCAUGCGCGGUUGGACGGGCCGAAGACGUUCGCGAACUGGACACGCCAGCUUCGCCUGUGCCUAGCGGACGACAUCCGCUCCUACGUCCUCGACGGAAUCACCCCCGACGAUUGGACGCCUUCGCAACGCUCCGCCCGCGACGUCGUGGCACGCGAGAUCCUUGCAAACUCAAUCGACUCGGCCGAAGUCUCGGCAGUCCUCGACAAGAUCCCUACGGCCGACCUCACAGCGCCCAAGAUUUACUCGACGCUGAAAUCGCGAUACGCCCCUGAUGACGCCACUCGCACGCUCGAGCUCUUCUCGCGACUCUGGGGCUUCCGACCCAUGCCCGGAACGGUUGGCGAAUUUGACAGUUGGAUCAUGGACUUCAAGUCGGUCGCGCAAGAGAUCAUCGAUACGAAAACGACGAUCAACGACGUCCUUGCCACACUCCUCCUCGCGAUCGCCCACCCGUCACUCGAGAGCUUCAAGGCAACGUUCACCGACGAACAACGCACGCAACGAACUCUCCCUGACAUCGAUUCAGUGGCCGACCGUAUGCGAGUUCAACUCCGGUCAACGAACCUCUCCAACGAUCAAUCGGCCCUCCUUGCCUCGUCGUCGCCACGUUCUACCCGUACCAAGUGCCUCGCCUGUCGCAGCUCUUCUCACCGCGUCGCACAAUGCCCUACAAGGGCCCAGCAUCCACCGCCAGGCCCGUGUCGCUCCUGCAAGAAGAAGGACCACUGGUCUUUCGACUGCAAAAAGACUCUUGAGGACGGGAAAACGCCCGACACCUCUGAUGCGCAACACCAUGUCGGAUGUCUCGCCACCGGUCUUCUCGCACAUCGUCGUCAGCUUCGCAACAACUCCUUCGUCGUCGACUCGGGUGCCACUUCGCACAUGGUCUCGGACAAGUCGCUGUUCACGGCCUAUCGCCACAUCGCUCCUACGAAGAUUGGUGGUAUUGCAGGGGGCAUCAACGCCGUCGGAACGGGAAACAUCGCCUUUGUUGCCGCCUCCGGUCACCCGAUCACGCUUACCGGCGUGCUGCACACCCCGGGCCUGUCUGUCAACCUCCUCUCGGUCUCUCGACUUUGCGACACCGACGAUGUCCGUGUCGCCUUCACGAAGCACGGCAUCCAUAUCGACAAGAACGGCAAUGCUAUCGCUGAAGGCGCAAGACUCGAGGAAGGGCUCUACUUGCUGGACGCUGAUCAUUCCAAAUGUCAGCAUCUCGCUCUCCUCUCUCGCUCACAGUCUUCCGUGCCCCUGCUGACCCUUCACCGCUGCCUCGGCCAUCUCGCACCGUCGUCCAUACAGAAGAUGGUUGCCGCUGGUUUGCUGGAAGGUCUCGGGGCCGGAUAUAGUGACGAAGAGGUAGAGAAGUUUGUCUGCAAUGCUUGCCUCAGUGCAAAGGGCCAUCGUCUUCCUUUUCCCGAUUCGGACUCGCACUCCUCAGAGAGACUCGGCCUCGUACACAGCGAUGUGCUUUCCUUUCCCGAGUCGUCCUUGACUGGCAAGCGUUACCUGGUCACGUUUCUUGACGACUUCUCGCGCAAACUGUGGGCAUACGCGAUCGGACACAAAAGCGAAGUCUUUGGCGUGUUCAAGACAUGGCUUGCCGAGGUCGAACUCGAGACGGGUGCAAAACUGAAGGUCCUCCGAACCGACAAUGGUGGCGAAUACUGUUCGAGAGCGUUCACGGAAUUCUGUAAGGCACGCGGCACACGUCGACAAUACUCUAUCCCUCGAACGCCUCAACAGAACGGUCGUGCCGAACGAGUCAAUCGUUCUAUCGUCGAAGGUGUCCUUGCCCUCCUUGCAGACGCCCACUUACCCAAAUCAUUCUGGGAGGAGGCAGCAGCUUAUUUCGUCUACUGCAAGAACCUGUGCGAACACUCGGCCCUGGACAAGGCAACACCGAACUUCGCCUGGCAGGGCGACCGCACCAACGCCUCGGCGCUUCACCCGUUCGGCUGCACGGCUUGGCUCACAGUCGCGCCUGAACUUCGCUCGAAACUCGACCCGAAAGCGGUUCGCGUUCUCUUCACCGGCUAUGACCUGGCUUCUAAAGCCUUCCGUUUCUACGACACGACGACCAAGAAGAUCAGUUUGGGCAGAAAUGCCAGGUUCCUCGACAACGAAUUUCCCGGGUUACGUAGCGACUCCACCGAGCAAGACGCCGACACGCACUUCGCCAGCGCUUGCCCGACCACCGAAUCCCAAGCCGUUGUCAAGACAUGGACCCCACUAGUAAGGUCGGCGCACAUGGACGUCUCAUCCUCUCUUGAUGACUCUGCCAUGAGCGCCGUUGACGUGGCCCCAGGGUACACUGGCGGAACCUUACUUAAUUCCACAGAUGCCGAAUCGUCCUCGUCACCGUCUCCUGAGCCGUCCUCGUCACCGUCGCCCGCAACCCCCUUGUCACCGUCGCCUGCGCUGUCACCGUCGUUGGCUGCGUCAUCGUCACCCUCGGCCUUACCGACCGACUCUGACUACUCCGCCGACCCUCUGGACCUCAUCGGCUCACAGACCCCGACUCGCCUCGGCCCACCGGACGUGCACCGCCCAGACUUCAGCACGUACCGUGAGCCCGCAUCGGCUGAGGAGUCGCCCGACGAACUCGACAUCAUUGGGCGCCACUCGCGCGAUGAAUCGCCGGACGAAAUCGAUUUCCUCACCCAACACCACCGCGCCUUCAUCGCCACCGACGACGACAACUCUGACACAGAAGCCAUUCAACCAGUCAAGUCCAUCACCAGCGACCCACAGACAUGGCGCGAGGCAAUGUCGAGUGACAAGCGCGAAGUGUGGGCCAAGGCCGCUACCGACGAGUUCAAUUCCAUGCGCGACGACUUCAAGGUCUUCACCAUCGAGGACCGAUCCACGGUACCAGCGGGUGCGACCAUCGUCACAUCCAAGUUCGUCUGGAAAACGAAACGGAAUGCACUCGGCGAAGUCACCGGCCACAAGGCACGGCUCGUGGCGCAGGGAAAUCGGCAACGCGACGGCAUCGACUUCAACGAAACCUUCGCACCAGUCGCACGCUUCUCCUCGAUACGCUCACUCCUCGCGCUGGCGGCCGCCAACGGCUUGCACGUGCACCAGGCGGACAUCGACAAAGCCUAUCUGCAUGGCGACCUUGACCAUGACAUCUGGAUGACGACACCGCGCGGCUUCGACCUUCCCACCGACAAGGUGCUUCGUCUGCGACGCUCCAUCUACGGACUCAAACAGGCUGGCCGAAUCUGGAAUCGACACAUCGACGCAUCGCUUCGAGAUCUCGGCUAUACGGCGACGGGCACCGACCACUGCGUGUACUCUCGGAUCGACGAUCGGCGACGCCCACACUACAUCGCGCUGUACGUCGACGACCUCCUGAUGAUCAGCCCCGACUUGGCCGAAAUUGAACGUGUCAUCUCGGGCCUCGAACAACGCUACGGCGUCAAGCGCCUCGGCCCGGCAGAGUACAUCCUCGGCAUCCAGAUCAGGCGACUCGAAGACGGUUCUAUUGCCCUGUCCCAGGAACGGUACAUCAUGGACGUGCUUGCUCGGUUCCACUUCGACACCACGACUCGCGGCACUACAGUCCCGAUGACCCCCGGCCUUUCGCUCACCGCCAUCCCGGGUCAAGGCACCGAACGGAUCAGGUCAUGGUAUCUGCAGGCUAUCGGCUCGCUCCUCUACAUUUCGCUCGGCACCCGCCCCGACAUCGCCUUCGCCGUGUCCUACCUGGCCCGCUUCGCCAACAACCCUGGACGUCGUCACUGGAUCGCGGUCAAGCACAUCCUCCGCUAUCUCCGGGCCACAUAUCGCGACGAACUGGUUUAUGCUUGCGGCGAGACACGCAUCACGGGCGUGGUUGGCUACUCCGACGCGAACUGGGGGGCCUGCGUCGAUACGUCGGUGUCCACUAUGGGCUACGUCUUCUACAUUGCCGGAUCCGCCGUGUCUUGGUCGUCCAAGCGUCAAUCUCGAGUUGCCGAUUCUACCACCGACGCUGAAUACCUCGCCCUCUCGCAUGCUGGCAAGGAAGGGAUCUACCUCAGUCAGCUGCUCGAGGAGCUCCAUGUCCAACCUGUUGCACCGGCUCACAUUUUUACUGACAAUGAAGCCGCUGCCGCAGUUGCCCACGACCCUGUCCGCGUCUCCGGCACUCGACACAUACGCUUGCGCGAGCACUUUGUUCGGGACAUGGUGAAUCGGGGCGAUAUCUCACUCUCGCAUGUGGGAACCAGCAACAUGGUGGCCGACAUCUUCACAAAGGCUCUUGGCCCAAAGAUUUUCUCGACACACUGCUACGCACUAGGCCUUCGCACUCGACACCCACGGCUUGGAUCUGCCUCGCAUUCGCGUGGGGGGGGGUGUGAAGAGUCCACUCUCAGCUCGACAGGGGCGCCUCGGUCGUUGCGCGCGCCUGCUAGCCUGGCCCCUGUGGUGGGGACUUAG